AAACCGCCCUUCAAACACAUAAAGGCAAAGGGGAAGGUGAAGAGAUUACGUAAUCAGUCUAAACCACCGAUGAGGAGGAAGCUUGAUGCAAGGAGAGAUGAACAAGAAUCAGCAGCAAGCGGAAAUAUCAGAACAAAACAUAUGAAUAAAGUCUUGAGGAGAAAUCCUAGAGCCAAUGUGAACCUGUCAUCUAAAAAGAAACGAAAGCUUAUGAAGGGCCGAAUGCAUGCAGAACGGGAGGCCAAUGCGAUGACAGUCGAAGUAGAGACGGCACCAAGUAAGAAACCCACAAAGCAAGCUAAAUCCAAGAAGUCUUCACCAGAUGAUGAUGUAGAAAUGAUGGAGACAUGACAGAAUGCACAUCAACGAAGGGACUAUCCGUAGACUGUCAUUGUCAUUUUUCAAAUCUGUCAAGAAUCUGAUUUAUCCAUCGAUCAACCACCAUGCUCAUUAUAUUGCUCCAUGUUUAAUGACUUUGACAAGGGACUGGUCAUAAUGUCACAUACAUUGUCAGAAGAUUGGAGAACAGCAUAAUUCCUACUGAACACCCAUUUUCCACAGUGGUCAUGUUUAUAAAGGACAAGUCUACCCCAACAACAAGA